GACAAUAUCUGAAAGUGAAAUGGCGAAAUCCACUAAUGCCCUUUCUGACGUUAAAGUUGAGGUGCUUACGAAUAAGCCAAAAACACACGACAAUGCCUCAAGUACGAAUGAAAAAGAUAAAGCCGCGAUUACGGAUGUGUCCACAACUAGUGGUAGUAACUAUGUGUAUGUGAAUACAGCCUAUGUUGGAAGUGUAAACAAUCUUACAACAAGAAACGAUCGGAUUGAUAGAUUGCCGGAGGCUCCCACAAGUGUCGUUCGCGAGCAAUAUUGGGCAUGCUCAAGAUGGCCCUUUGGUCAGCGCAUGCUAGCAAUUGCCGUGGGUAUACUACUCGGGACAGUCAUAGCUCUAUCCUGUAUCGUCGGACUGAACAAUCGUGAUGUCGUGGACAAUCUCAUGCCUGGAUUUCUUAGGUCCAACCCUGAACAAUAACACCUCGAAGUUCACUAACUGGAUUUUGAAUUAUGUCGUAAGAUUGACUUCUUUACUACGAUAUACGAAGCGUUAUUUGUCAGUUCGCAAAAUGUAAACUGUCAAAGAAAUGUAAUGGAGCUUAUGCUCUAAUAGUUUAAGGCUCAUAAUUAAACCAGGCUCUUAUUCUUUAAUUUAUGGACAAAUGUUCUGACUGAUCUAUUAAUGCGCUGCAGAAACCAAAGAAGCUUUAGAAACUUUACAUCUAUUCGAUUACUCAUAGAAGUUUUAUAAGAGCUAUAUCGGCUACUAUCAGAUUUUCAUCAGUAGCCGUUCUUAGCCAGUUUUUUUAAACCUAAAACCUAAAACCUUUUAUAGAUUUUGAUCGCUAUGACAAAACUAAACGCUUUUGAUAAUAUCAAAACCAACAUUUGGUGGUUAGACGAGGAAAGGUGAAAAUUUCUUCUAGUUCUUAAAUAAAGACUUUUAUGAUAAGGCUUUAAUAUAAGAUGGUUUAGAAAUUCGAUCUGUGGAAGUUUAAUCGAAUUUUGUCCAUGAAAAGCUAAUACAACUCCGAGAUGCUUGAUUUCUGUGAUGACGAGAAGGUUAUUGAUAAGAAUAAGAACAUAUGAAAAUGUAGUAUUAUAUAAAUUAUGAAUAGUAAUAUACUGAAUGACUGAAAUAUUAAAAUGGACGACAACUGAUAGAGUCUAAUAUAGGUUUGAUGGCAUGUUACUAAGCAAAUGUCCACUAUGUGAUGUUUUUGAAGUACUAGACCAAUAUGAGUAUUUUUA